AUGUAUGCUGAAAACGUUUCCAGAGGUUACAAGGUGAGUGCGAAAGUGUUAGAUUCGGUUUUUGCCUUCAGAUGUCGGAUAUCUUCACUGACUUUUCAAAUUCGAUACUGCUGCCUUCAUGAUCAGGAAGCAGUUGCUGCCCUCAACACAUUGCAAUCGAAUGCGGAUGUUUUAGCUGCGAUUCAAGCAGCUGGUCCUCAACCACCUGCUCAGGUGCUCCGCCACACUACGUAUUACCUUCGCCGACUCGGUUAUCAGCUCAAUACUUUAAACGCACUGAAUGCGGUACAUAUCAGUGGAACGAAGGGAAAAGGAUCAACCGCCGCAUUCUGUUCCUCACUGCUUACCAAUAUCAACAACAAAGCCAAAGUUGGCCUCUUCACUUCUCCUCACUUGGUCGCGGUGCGCGAGCGUAUUCGAAUCAACGGGAAGCCCAUCAGUGAGGAACUAUUUGCCAAGUACUUUUGGGAAGUUUGGGACCGCUUUGAAGAUGGUCAUGGCGAGCCCAUUCUACCCGAGAUAUCGAUUCGACCUGCCUACUUCCGCUACUUGACCUUCAUGGCCUAUCAUACUUUUCUAUCUGAACGUGUCGAUGCAACCGUCCUAGAAGUCGGUGUGGGAGGCCUGCUGGACCCAACAAACUUGGUACCUUCUCCUAUUGUCACAGGUGUGACUUCUCUAGGGCUAGAUCAUGUUCAUAUUCUCGGACAUUCUAUUUUCGAGAUUGCUGGUCACAAAGCUGGCAUAUUCAAGUCCGGCGUACCUGCAAUGAGUGUUAAGCAGGAAAAAAGCGGAGCACUCGAAGUUCUCCGGGCGCGAGCCAUUGAAGUUCAGGCCUCGAGCUUCACAGUCAUUCCCGAACAUCCAGCUUUGGAAGAGGCCAGCAUAGGUAGGUACACGCUAAGAACUGAAAUCUUGAACGUGUCUGCUGACCCUCGGCCUCGAAUCUACCCAGGGUUAGCAGGCAAUCAUCAGAAAUACAAUGCAUCUCUCGCCAUUGCUCUUAUCAAUACCUUUCUCGCCUCGCCUCGCCUUCCCCCUUGCUUUUCAUCUCAAAUCGUAUCCCCCAAAGACGAAACUGCUUCUUCUCUACCUGAUCAAUAUCUGCAAGGAUUAAAAGCGACCAAAUGGCCCGGGAGGUGUCAGGUUAUUCAGGAUCCUUCGAAGCCGUCUAUCACGUGGUCUUUGGACGGGGCACAUACGGAAGAGAGUGUUGCAUGUUGUGGUACAUGGUGGAAACACUCGAUUGGAAGCCCAGGCUCAACUACUCCGUCGCGCAAGAAAGCCCUCAUCUUUAAUUGUACUUCGGGUCGAAGCGGUGAACUUUUACUUAAAACUCUACUUGCAUGUCUCAAAGGGGAUCCAGCCGAGUCAUUCUCUUUUGAUAAAGUGAUCAUCUCUACCAACACUACUUAUUCCAAUGGUCUUUCGAAAGGUGAUCUGACUUGCGUGGCAAGCUAUCCGGACGAGCCUAGAAAAAUGAAAGUGCAAGAGGAGAUUGCUUCAGCCUGGAAGUCGCUCACAGGACAAGCAAACAAUGUUAUGAUCACGCAAUCUAUUGAAGAUGCUGUUGUUGAGAUCCGUACCAUAGACGAACCUGUUGAUGUCUUGGUCACCGGUAGUUUACAUUUGGUUGGUGGUGUAUUAGAAGUAGCGAAAUUACUUGACGAAUUUUCUGGAUAA